CAUCCACCACCAGCAACCACACCGAAGGCAGGCGACACGCAUUGCAACAGCUAGCAAGCACUCCUUGAGACCUAGCUUGAUCUGCUGACCGGAGGGAGCAAUGGAGAUGUACAUGGACGACAAGCAGUGGAAGCUGUCCUCCAGCUCCAAGAAGGGGAGCCGGAGGUCGGCGGCGGUGGCCGACGAGGGGAGCCCGAGGGGCUUCAAAGCCCGGGAGGCGGCGUCGAGGGGCCCGGCGGCCAGGUCAUCGGUGCCGGCGAAGCGGCUGGCCAGCAUGGUGAGGGAGCAGCGAGCGCGGUUCUACAUCAUGCGCCGCUGCGUCACCAUGCUCGUGUGCUGGAGGGACUAGCUGAUGGUGGUUCUUCUGGUUGACACAAGGACACGUGAAGGCUGUGGGCUUGUAGGGCCGGGUCGGGCCAGGCCAUCAGGCGCUCUACAGAAGCCAUGGAACCCUGCUGGGCCCAGCCCAACCUGAUGGGGAGAGUGAGAGAGAUGUGCCUAUGUUUUCUAUGGCCAUCCUGUGGUUCCUGGUCGUGUUCGUUUAGUGUGUCAACAUAUUAUACUUUGGAUUAAUUGCUACCUGAAGCGCAGCAUUGUUGUAAAAAAGGGCCAAAGGCUAAGGCAUUGUUACUACUAGCUCAUGAACACGCCCCUCCUUUUCUGA